UGUUUAUCAAUAAAGUUGGGAUAAAACUCCAAACGGUUAAUGCUAACCGAUUUUUUUUCGGCAAAUUAGCGUAAAAAUAAGAGUUGAAACUCGGUUUAUCUGCACAUUACCGCCUCCGUAUGGCCGGUCGGACUCCGUGUGUCCACACGGCGGCGCCACAAAGCUGAACCACUUUCCCCUGCCGUCUAUUUUUGUCCGGGCACGCCGAGUGUCGGGUUCCAUCAGGCCGUCAGCUCUCCUCUCUGCCCCCCUUAGCCUCGCCAUGUUGUCGGCUUAAAUCUGGUGGCCAGUUUUCUGAGUUUACCGUAGAAAAAAAAAACUUUUUCUCAGCCUGAGUGACAGCCUAAACAGUGGAAAGAUGUCGAGUGUGUCUUACCACAUCUCCAACCUGUUGGAGAAAAUGACCUCCACUGACAAAGACUUCAGUUUUAACUUGGUGUGUUUGUUUUUAAGCCUGGCGCCUCUGGUGAGCAAAGUGAAGGAGCCCCAGGUGGAGACGAUGGUGGACGUGCUGUGUUCAAACAUGACGUCGGACAAAGAGCAGCUGAGGGACAUUUCCAGCAUGGGACUGAAGACCGUGAUCGCAGAGCUGCCACUCACAUCCUCAGGUGUGACUCUGACAGGCAGCGUGUGUAAGAAGAUUACCUCCCAGCUGAUUGGUGCCAUGGGGAAACACGAUGAUGUGUCUGUGCAGUUAGAGGCCCUGGACAUCCUGUCAGACAUGUUGGGAAGGCUGAGUGGUGCACUGGUCAGUUUCCACAGCUCUCUGCUCUCCAGCCUGCUGCCUCAGUUAACCAGCCCCAGAAUGGCGGUCAGGAAGCGCUCCAUCUUAGCUCUCGGUCACCUGGUGCCCUGCUGCAGCUCUGCCCUCUUCUCCCAGCUGACAGAACACCUGAUGAAAGAGCUGGCCAAGGGUCCGCCCACAUCAAUGACAAGGACAUACAUCCAGUGCCUGGCAACCAUUAGUCGUCAGGGCGGCCAUCGAGUCGGUGAACAUUUAGAGAAGUUGAUCCCAAUGGUGGUAAAGUUCACCGGAGUAGAAGAUGAUGAGCUGAGAGAGUAUUGUUUCCAGGCCUUUGAAGCUUUUAUACGCAGGUGUCCAAAGGAGAUGUCGCCUCACAUUGCCACAGUGACUCAGCUUUGUCUUAAGUUUAUGACCUUUGACCCCAACUACAACUACGAUGACAACGAGGAGGAGGAUGAAGAUAGAAUGGACAUAGAUGAUGAGCUUGAGGAAGAGUCAGACGACGAGUACAGUGAUGACGAUGACAUGAGCUGGAAGGUGCGGCGCUCUUCCAUCAAGUGUCUGGAGGCGUUGAUCAGCACGCGUCUGGACCUCCUGCUCUCCUUCUACUCCUCCAUCUGCCCCGCUCUGCUGGCACGAUUCAAGGAGCGCGAGGAGAACGUCAGGGCCGACGUCUUCACUGCUUUUUCAACGUUGCUGAGACAAACACGGGUGGCAUCGAGUCGCCACAGCCUCAUCGUGUCUGGUUCAGAUCCCGGGGUGAGAAGAGAGGAGGAGCCGGCAGUCGCCUUGCUGAAAAAACAGGUGCCGGCGACUGUGAAGGCCCUCCACAGACAGCUGAAGGAGAAGAGCAUCAAAUCCCGACAGGGUUGCUUCUGUCUCCUCACUGAGCUGGCUCACACUGUACCGGGAGCCCUGGAAGAGCAUAUACCUGCCCUGAUACCUGGCAUCGUGUUCUCCCUGACAGACAAAUCCACCCUGUCCACCAUGAGGAUCGAUGCGCUCUCCUUCUUCAACGUCCUGCUCCUCUCCCACCCUCCUCAGGCCUUUCAGCCACACAUGCAGGUGCUGCUGCCCCCAGUGAUUGCAUGCAUUGAGGACACGUUCUAUAAAAUCACCUCAGAGGCUCUGCUGGUCAUCCAGCACCUGGUCAAAGUGAUGAGACCGCAGGGACAAGCAGGAGGAUUUGACCCUAAACCGUUCGUUAAAGAGGUGUUUUCUGUAACGAUGAAGCGGCUCAAAGCAACAGACAUCGACCAGGAAGUAAAAGAACGAGCGAUUUCCUGUAUGGGUCACAUUGUUUGUCACCUUGGUGACCACCUGAGGGCAGAAGUUCAGGCAGUCUUGGCGAUCUUUCUGGAGAGAUUAAAGAAUGAGAUCACAAGACUAACAGCAGUUAGGACCAUCAGCCUCAUCGCUGCCUCUCCGUUAAAGAUCGACAUGUCACCCAUCCUGCAAGAAGCGCUCUCUGUGCUGGGAUCUUUCUUGAGGAAGAAUCAGCGGGCGUUGAAGCUCGGGACGCUGGCGUGUCUGACGGCGCUGGUCACUCAUCACGCUGCCAGCAUUAAACCUGCAGCCCUGGAGCCCGUGCUGAGCGAACUUCCUACUCUGGUGGAUGAGAGUGACAUGCAUGUUUCACAGGUGUCCAUCACCUUGCUGACCGGUACGGCCAAAGCCUACCCCUCGACUCUGGCUAAGAUCAGCUCGUCUGUUCUGCCGGGAGUCUUCAGACUCAUCCAUUCACCGCUCCUGCAGGGUAGCACUCUGGAAGCAAUACUCGAGUACUUGCAAGCACUGGUGCUGUCCAAAACCAGUAAUCUGAGCUACAGUCAGUUGCUGAAGUCUCUCAUGGAGCCGUUUCACAGAUCUCAGUCUUCUGCAGAUGGCAGCAUCGUCCACAGGCAGUCCUACCACUCAGUCGCUCGCUGUGUGGCUGCUCUGUCCUCUGCUUCUCCCAAAGAGACUCCUGGCACUGUGGCUGGCUUCAUACAGCAGGUGAAGAAUCCCGGCUCUCCAGAGUCUGCUCGUGUCCUCGCCCUGUUGUGUCUGGGGGAGGUGGGGAGGAAGGGCAGUCUGGGAGGAAGUAAGGAGGUGCAGGGAGUCAUCUUGGAGGCUUUCUCUUCCACCAGUGAAGAGGUGAAGACGGCAGCCUCCUGCGCUUUAGGCAGCAUGGCCGUCGGCUGCCUGAGCGAUUACCUGCCCUUCCUCCUGAAGGAGAUCUCAGCCCAGCCACGCAGACAGUACCUGCUCCUUCACUCCCUCAAAGAAGUCAUCAGCUGUGUGACAGGUGACUUCCUGAAGACCCUGCAGGACGAGGACAUCAAUGUGCGACGUAUCGCCUUGGUAAUGUUUAACUCAGCAGCUCAUAACAAACCGUCUCUGAUCCGCGGUCUCCUGGGAAGAGUGCUGCCUCACCUCUACAAGGAGACCCAGAUCAGGAAGGACCUGAUCAGAGAAGUGGAGAUGGGUCCGUUCAAGCACACUGUUGACGAUGGGUUGGAUGUGCGUAAAGCUGCAUUUGAGUGCAUGUACAGUCUUCUGGACAGCUGCCUGGAGGGGCUGGACAUCCUGCAGUUCCUGGAUCAUGUAGAGGAAGGACUCAAAGACCACUAUGAUAUCAGAGCUAAAGUGUUCACUGUCUGCGACAUGAAGAGUGGAUUCGAGCAGGUGAAAUUGGAGGAGGAGUGA